AGGGAGCUCACGACAGGCCAGGUGGUGCAUGUGAAGGUGGGCGAUGUUGCGUACGCUGCUGGUGGCUCUCAUCUUCCUCGCCGCCCACUCCUCAGGUGAAUCAAUGACACCACACAUGCAAGUGAUGCACGUACGGCGGGGGGGUCAACGGUGUGUGUGCGCUGCGGCAUGGGCGAUGCUUUCAGCUUACACUCCGCCGCCUUGCCACCAGCAGGGAAUCGAGUUCGCCAAGGGGGCACAAGGCGCACUGCUCGCAAAGGUGGGAUGUGACGUCGACCACACACACACACACGUACAAGGGAAGGGAAAAUGCUGCACGUGUUGCUUGCUUCGUACGUGUGGCCGUUUCCAUCAGAGGUCACUGUCUGCUCCGCCCGGCACCUCAAGAAACGACGCGAGGGAAACGGCACUUCUCCAGUGUCAGGUCUUCUGCCAACAGGAAAAGGUCAGUGCAUGAAUGGCAACGAGAACACGCCAGGCCUGCCCGACGCUCUUCUCCUUCACUGUGCCGGUCGCGUCGCUUUGGUUGUCGCCAGUUCUGUUUCUUCUUCAAUCUGAUCGAGGAUCGAGGGGCGGCCUCGUGGAGCUGCGAGCUGCUCGCCGUCAAGGAGCCGAAGGGCCCCAACCCCAGGAGCACCGCCGGACACAGAUCCUGCGCCAAAAAGUCACACGGUUAGAUGAGAAGAAAAGAACAGAUGAGCCAGGCAGGCCUGCACAGCACAGUCGAACGAACGAGUACGUACGGUCUCACGCAAGAUCUCUCGCGCUGAGGCUGACGGACGCCCAUCGACUCUCUGUGUAGACCUCCGUUCCUGAACUGAAUGAUGACAGUUCCCGAGGCGCCACCGGCGCUCCCCUCCCCCCCGCCCAAGGUAGACCCCAUCCUCUACUCCCUCUUCCGCAUGGCCAACACCACCGACGACGAGGCCGUCUCAAGGAACCGGACACGGCGAGAUUCGACGUCCGCUCUGCCUCCAAUGCGAGACGGGCGGGUGCUCAUCGAGGCCGUCGCUGCCAACCGCAGGAACGACUCCUCGCUCAUCGACGACCUCACAGGUGCGGUGGAAGCACACAGCAUAGAGCUCUCCUCCGUACUUGCGUGUGUGUCUGGAUGAGCCUGGUGUUGGUGCGACUUGCAGCGCUUGGGCUGGAGGAUGGUCGCCAGAGUGGGUUCUACGUGAGUGGAUAUCUGCCGAUCGAGCAGGUGCCGCGGCUGAGUGAGCUGGAGAGUCUGGGCGGCACCAUCCCACCCGCCAGGAGGCUCCGAGCCGGUAGCGUCACGUCACAGGGAGUCAGAUCCAUAGAGGUGGGCAAUGCCACGACACGAUGUAUGCAUGGCAUGCGACAAAUGUAAUAAUGUGCGGGGGAAUGCGGCGUCUCCACCCGUGGGUAUGUGUCAGGCUGACAGCGGACAGACUCUCUUCAAUGUGGACGGCAGCGGCAUCAACUGCAUCGGCAUCCUCUCAGACAGGUACCUAGGAGCCCCCUCCCCUCCCCACACACACACUAGAGAGAGAGAGAGAGAGAGGGUGGGGGGGAGGGGCAGACAAAGAGACAGACAGAGCACCAACCGGGGUGUGUGCCAAUCACCUGUGUGCUCUCCCUGCUCACACCAUGCAGCAUGGAUAGCGAGGAUGGCGGCGUGUUCAUGGGUCAGCUGACCGGCGACCUCCCUCGCGGCGACAACCUCACCAUCAUACGAGACGAGAGAGGGAUCGACGAGGGACGAGCCAUGGCUGAGUUGGCCUUCGACGUGGCGCCCGGUGCCCCCCAGGCCUUCGCAGCGGUGGGGCGCAACGAGCUGGACUACGUAGAGGCGAUCAAGCUGCUGGUUGACGAGGGGUGCGAAGUCCUGGUCAGUGGCGAGUGAGUGCAUUGGGUUAUGUCUUGGAUGGAUGGAUGGAUGUGUGCAGGUGGACGACAUCAUAUUCUUUUUUGAGCCGAUGUUUGAGGACGGCCCCGUGUCGCUAGCGGCCACGUGGGCGACCGAACAGGGGCGGGUCUUCUUCUCGGCAGCGGGCAACCAAGAAGACGCGGGCUACCAGAGUGAGCCACAGACACACACACACACACACAUCCCCGCUGCCAACACUGUCCUGUCCGUGCAGGUGCAUUUGUUGAUUCCGGGAUAGUCAGCCCCGCCAGGUCUCCCUCCAUAUGAUUCGCACCGCACGUCCAUCUAUAUGUGUCUGUGUCUGUGUCUGUGUCUGUGUCUGCAGUGGGGGCGUGUUCCACGAGUGGUGGAACGGCGAGGUCUUGAUGCCCAUAACCGUGCCUGGAGAAGGCAAACUAGACAUCGUGUAUGCCCCAUAUCAUGCGCACACACGCACAGCAACAACCACCCCCACGCACAUCGAUCGCAUCGCGUUGCUCCCUGUCCUGUAUAUGUCUCUUAGCAUGCAGUGGGAUGAGGCGUUCGGCCUGGCGCUGUCCGACAUGGACAUCAUCCUCUAUGACUCCAAGGGCGUCCCACUCCAGUCAGCCCCGGGCGAUGGCGAGCUCCAUCAAGGCAACAUGAGGCGUCAGUCAGAAUGCCCUUCCCCUCCCUCUCACGACGUGUGUCAUCGACCGAUUGCUGGUCGGACGGUCCUUCCUUUGUGUCUUCGUUCGUUCAUUCAGGUAGCACAAUCCCUGGGGAGAUGGUGACGCUGGAGAACCUGAGCCCAUUGAGUGUGGAGGUCUUUCUGGGCAUAGAGCUCGUCUCAGGCCAGGCACCCGGACUCUUCCAGUUCGUCCCCUUCGCCGACGGAUUCUUCGAGAGCGAAGCCUUCUCGGAAGACAAGCCCAAAGGUGCGAAAGAAACAGAUGCUGCUGAUGCUCUUGCUUGUGUCGUCCUUUCUAUCUCUGUCUUUCUCCUGUCUGUCUGCCUGUCUGCAGGACCGACCAUAUAUGGCCACAGCAAUGGGCUGGGCGUCGCUUCUGUGGGCGCUGCUGCGUACCAAGUAAGCCCCGCAGCCGCCCAGCGACCCAUCCACACUCAGCCGCCUUGCUUCAUUUCCUCUCUGUGUUGGUCGGUGUGUCGCCCAUCUGUCUGUCUACCUUUCUGUCUGCAGGACACCCCCCCCUUCACCACGACGCCCCCCGAGAUCAACCCCUCCUCAUCGCUGGGCGGCACUCCCAUCCUCUUCGACCCCCUCGGCAGGCGGAUCUACCCUCAGGUCCGCCUGCAGCCGAGCGUCGUGGGCCCCGAUGGCGUCGACACGACAUUCUUCGGAUUUGAGGACACCGACCAAACGGGCAACCCAAACUUCUUCGGUUGGUCGGCUCGAUGUGAUGUGGGGUGAUGGUGGGGCACCGUGAUGGUGGGGGACUUGUAUGUAUGAAUGUAUGUGUGUAUGUGCUGUGGUGCUGUGUGGCAGGCACGAGUGCGUCUGCGCCACAUGCUGCCGGUCUGGCGGCGCUGAUGCUGCAGCUGAACCCCUCCCUCUCGCCGGCAGAGACCAUCGCCAUCAUGGAGGACACUGCACUCGACAUGGACGGUAUCCACACAAGCCAGCCACUCACCCGAACGGCCAUUUGUGCAUCUGUGUGUGUGUCGGAACGAACCAUCAGAUCCCGGCCAGCACGGUUUCCAGCGGGGCUUUGAUUUCCGUUCCGGCCACGGCCUGCUGCAGUCGGUGGGCGCGCUAAGUGCCGCAUCGGGGCAGCCGGCGCUGAGCACCAUGAGCAGCGGCAACACGACAGACACGGUGGGGGCGUCGGGGAUGGUCGAGGGGAAGGCCAGCGACGGUGGUGAUGCCAUCGUGAGGGUCUCCUCUCUGUCUACAUGACAUGACAUGAUGCUUGCCUUGCGUGUAUGGCCAAGGGGAGUGAGUCGGUGGAGGGUGGGUGCGUGCAUGGCAUGCAGCUGUUGUUUUGUCAAGUGGUAACUUAGCGCUCCUUUCUCCCAUCCAUCUCGCCUGCCUCAUGGCCUCAUGGGGCGGGCGCUUCAACCAACAUGCGCACAGCCUGACUUUUUGUUCGUGUUGUGUCUGCGUGAGUGACUUAUGUGUGUUUUUGUGAGUGCAUGUCUGUCUUUGUGCCUUGUGUGUGUAGCAGCUACAGUAGUGUGUGUAUAAGUGAGUGAGUGAGUGUCUCGUUUUCCCUGCCACGCAAAGAGAGUGGUCCCGGCUGAUCGAUACACACCUUUGUGACACGGGUAGUGUGUGUAUACGGCGAGGCUAUCUCCCUUAUUUGUGGGGGUGUGUGGUGUGUGGUGUGACUGAUUGGUGUGUGUGGAUGGGAUGCCUUCACUCUUGGUCCAUGUCAUGUGUGCAGGCAGUGAGUGGAGUGGGUGGGACAUAGAACAGUUUGACUGACUGACUGACGUACAUAGAGAGAGAAACAUACAUACACACGGCGCGGCGAGAGAUGGCCAUUUGGGUGUGGGAGUGGGGGGAUCCGAUCCGAUCCUCGUAUCCUUCCUUCCCUCGCUCCCUGCCUGCCUGCCUGUGUGUGGGUGUAUAUAGCUAGGUAGUACUUAGGCAUAGUCAGCCGAUGGGCUGACGGUGAGUGAGUGCGCUAGUGAGACAGACAGACAGACACCUUUCUGUCGGAGUUAACCUGUAUGUAGC